AUGAAUAAUACCAUUAUUUUAAACGCAAUUGAUAACAUCAAGGAGUAUUUUCUUGAUAUGAAUGUCAAGAAAGUUUAUUUACUAUUGUUUGAUACACUUCAUUUUCCAGUUCCUUUCAUUCUCCAAUCAAUUUUUGCGUCUGCUAUUGUUAGAAAGUCAAAACUUAGCAUUUCAAUGUGGUACAAUCUUUUCAUUUCCUUUUUACUUAUUUUCACUGGCCGUUGCACAAUUGCACUUUUAUAUCAUAGAGAUUUUCCGCUGAUUGCUAAGCCAUAUUAUGUUCCAACAUUCUUAGCAAUCUGGGGUAUAGUGAACUUCAGCACUCAUGAUAUUGUUUAUCGUAUCGCCAAAACAAGAUUUUUCAGUUUAAUUGGAAGAUUCAUCAUAGGAUGGAUUCAAGUUCGUGAAUGCAUUCAUGGUGUUAAUAUGGGCUCAAAGAAUGCUGAUCAGAAAUAUUCUAAAAUCAUUUUCAGCGCAAUUAUAUUAUCAUCAUCCGAAAUUAUCAUUUACGCUUUCGCAAACUUAAAAGCACGCGAAUACAACCCAAGGGUACUAUUUAGAUUGAUUCUAAUUAGUAUAAUUUACUAUGUUGGCAUAUAUGAGAAAGAACGUAUCACUACUUAUACUGAUGCAUAUUUCCAAUUCCCAGAUAUGGAAAUUUACAAAUUAAUUUUGCUCGGUUACCAUUUAUUAAUGUAUUUGCUCGAUUCAUUGAUUUUUGGCAUCAAUGAUUCAAUUACCUACCUUGUUAAACAUGUAGAAAAACCAUCUGAAUAA